CUAUGAUUCUAUCAUUUGAUAAUUGAUUGUGAUUUUAAAUCUGAUUUCAAACUACGAUAAAAUGCUACGAUCCCAGAACUUUCGAAUCACUAGCUUAGAGGUGAAAGUGCUUUUGUAAAACAAUGCCUGAACUUGUGAUGGUGUUCUUCACAUCCUAUAAUGUACAAACGAACGUACUCAAGGUAAGAUGGUACUAAUAAUAAAUACACUCUUUUCUAGAAAAAUGAAGGAAAAUGGAAAAUCAAAACAAAUUCUUUGAAAGAUAAGAUUCCUCCUUCUUAAAAGAAAUACCUUGGUUGGCCUGACAACAAAGUUAUGAUUGUCUCUUUGAAUUUUGGUUACCGUGAUGAAAUGGACUGAAGCAGGAUAAAAUCAGAAUAUUGCAUGUUUGAGUAAUGGAAAUGUUCAAAAAGGUCAAGAUUUUAUGUGAUGCUCAUAGCCGGCAUAUCUUUCAAUGAUACAAGCUCAGCUCAUUGAAUUUAACGUUUGUUCAAGAAAAAAACUUACUUGCCGAUUGUGCACUAAGUACUGAAAUGAAAAAGGGCUUUUUUCCCCACGAUAUACACAGCAUAAGGCCGUGACUGAUCUGUUACAAAGAAUCGUGACAAUCGAAAUUUAAUCCUCUUUGGAACAUCAUGUCGUUUCCACGACAACCGAUGACGUGAUUACAGAGGAACUAUUAGAUGGUUGCUUUUGACAAGGAGGAUCCUCUGCCAAAGCGUGCCUGAAGGCUAAGGAAAUUCGGGUGAUCAGGCCUCAGUCUCCAGGGAACACCAUGAUCGAAAAGACCAAGAUCGAGACCCUAGCCAAAACCCACUGGACCAAGGUCUUUGCUCUGAGAAAAUUCAUCUCCUUGGCCAAGGUCCAAUCUACUCAGGCCCCGGCUUCUUUGGUUGUGGGCGGGAUCUAUCAGGUGGGGAAGAAGAUCGCCAAUGGAGCCUUUGGACAACUCAGAUUGGGUCGAAAUCUUCGGACCAACGAGAACAUUGCCAUCAAGCUUGAACACGUCAACGCCAAAAUCCCCAUGUUGCUCUUGGAAUUCCGGUUCUAUCGGUCCAUGGGUAGCUAUGCUGGAUUACCCAAGGUCUUUUAUUAUGGAACAUGCGGCAAGUACAACGCUUUGGUCAUGGAAUUAUUGGGCUCAAAUUUGGAGGAGCUCUUCGUGAAAUGUAAAAGGCGUUUCACUUUGAAGACCAUCCUCCUGAUCGCCAUCCAGUUGCUCCAUCAUAUUGAAUACAUCCACUCCUAUGGGAUCAUAUAUCGGGAUAUCAAGCCCGAGAACUGUGUCAUCGGCCGAAGAGCUUGUGGUCGCUCAGACACUCUGUAUGUAGUGGACUUUGGCUUGGCCAAAGAGUACAUUGAUCCGGAUACAGGUCGGCAUAUCCCGUACACCGAGAACAAGAGCCUCACAGGAACUGUUCGAUAUAUGAGUAUCAAUUCUCAUCAAGGCAAAGAGCAAAGUCGCCGAGACGAUCUCGAGGCCUUGGGCCACGUGUUUUUCUAUUUUCUCUCCGGCGGAUUGUUGCCUUGGCAAGGGGUCAAGUGUGAGGAUGUCCGGAAGCGAUAUCAAAUCAUCGGGCACAUCAAGGAAGAGACUUCUAUCAACGAUUUGGGGCUCAACUACCCUUGGGAGUUCUCGGUGUACCUCCGAUACUGUCGGAACUUGAAGUUCAACCAACAGCCCGAUUAUGCCUAUCUUCGAGGUCUGUUCCGGAGUUGCCUCAAGCGAAUGGGUUGGAUGGAGGAUAAGGUGUUUGAUUGGAUGGACUUGAAGAGCUAUUCGUCAUGGUGUGCCAACUUGGAUGGUGCCAAUAACACCGGCGGCUUCAACAGUCCACGGUCUCGAAACAGUGCUCAAGGUCAGACCUUGAACUAUGAGCACAAACUGGCCUCCCGGUCCAACGAAUCCAUCGUUCUUUCUCGGAAUAAUCCGACAUACAAAUCCGAGCUCCAAAAUGUGGUCCAAGAGUUUUCCAAAAAGGAGGCGGAAUCCGAAGAUGACUCACAGCCAAUUCAAUUUAAAGUUCAAUCAAAAUCAACCAUGGUCGAGCCAGUUCUUCCUCAUCAGACAUUGUCCAUGAACGAUCAGGAAUCGGUGGAAAUAGCUUUUGCCAAAGCCCUAAAGGACAGACCAAAGUGCAACAGAACACUGGCCGGUUUAAGGUUCGACACCCCGUUGAUCAUCAUUCAUGCCAGUGACAAUGACGACACUUUAGAUCUGUCAGGAUCUAAAUCAAACACUCUAUCAUCCAGUGCUUCACGAUUACUUCAGAAUGAUAUUCCGUCAGUAACUAAACCCGUGGAUCAACCUCGGGUUAGACCCAUAGCCAAAAUCGAACCCAUCAAGAAAAAUGACGUUGACCUGACGCCCAAGAUAGGCAUUCUAUCUGAGCAAGACUUUUCGGCCUCUCAAUCGCUUUGGAACUCGCAGAGUGAUAAAGUUUCCAAAUGUUGUGCCAAAAACAAGGGCCCUGGAAAGAAUAGCUCGCCCGCCGAAUCCGUUAAAUUUGAUUCUUGUUGCGCUUUCCUCAAAAUUGCCAAAAUUUGUACUCAUUAAGCAAGCUUUGCAGAUAUUGUUCUGAAAUUUAGAUUGUGCUGACAAUAAGGCGUGAGCAUUUUAAGGACUUCUCUUUGUAAGUUGUUUGGCCUUUUUCUAGGUAAUCACAAUCAUAUGGAAAUUGAGGUCAAGUCUAGUAGGGAACAGCAUACUGUCUCUUUAACCUCAUAUUUGUGGCUCACUUAAAAGGCGGAAGAACUUAAAAAAUAGAUUCCUAUUGAGAUUUUUUGGCUUGCACCAAUAUCUAAAUCUCGCAUCAACAAGUGAAAAUGCUCUCUAAUUGCGUGAUAUCUGUUCGCCAUUUUUUUUGUUAAGAGCACUUAUGAUGAGUUUGGAGACAUUUUGUUAUUUCCACGAAAAGUUUGAUGAUUUUUGAUUAAACGAAAAUGACAACUUUCAAGACUGACUCAAUCUUCUGCAAAUCCCAAAAAGCACCUGAUUGAGAGCCUGAUAUGAAAAGGUGGGCUGCAUUAGUGUACUGAUUUUUCAAAUAGAAAAUAAACCGAUGGGUUGUAUUUUUGGGAGGUAACAAAGCAGUUAUAUUUUUCCAUUGCUUUUUCAGUUGUAAAAAGACUUUGGUUGACAAUGUUUGGUGGCAUUGCACAAUUUGCAUGCCACUUUGAUAGGGCUAGUAAAAAUAAAAUCAGAAUCAUGCGCUGAUGAACGAUUUCCAUUUAUUCUACAUUUAUAUGUAGUUUUGCAAUGCAAAAUGCUUAAGGCCACGAAUUAACAACGAAGAUGGUGUAUCCAAAUCUAAAACCACUUGAUAACUUCACUUUAAUUCUGAAGAAUGUAAUCAUGUACAAUUUGUGAUCGAAAUAUCUACAUUACUUCAGCUGAAAUAAAAUGAAUCAUAAUCACGUUGAUUUGAAAACAAGUUUAUGUCCAUGAUGUCAUAAAAGGAGAGGGUGUCAUUUUCUCUCAAAAAAUGAAGCAAAACUGAUCUGUGCAAUUAAAUCAUUAUGUAAGGAACGCUUGCUU